UUCCCGUCUGGGGCCGGGGCGGUCGCCUGUCUGUGUGGACCCAGGAUCCUCAAAGAGAACGAAUCUGGGACCCUGCAGAAAUGAAGGGCAUGUAGUGUAGAGGUUUUUCCUUUUUAUUUAGAAAGGAAUGAAAGACCGGCAGUGCACCUGCUUGGAUAAUAAGCACGUGACCCAAAACUUUGUUGGGACUCCAUGGGCAGGAAUAAAGCUAGGUAUUUGACCUCGCGCGAGGACGAGCGAGAAUGUCAGAAUGAGGGACUUGAGGGAAGACUGAAGAGAGAAAGGGAGCAUCUUCUUCAGCAUUUUCUCUCCCUCCUGGAUGCUACCCUUCCUGUACGUGGUCAUUGGCCUGAAGAUGUUUACUCGAGUACUCCUCCACCGGCAGGGUUACUGGUGUCACUGUGCACUCAGUCCCCUCGAGCUGCGUGAUUCAUCGCAGCCUUUGGAUCCGGAAGGAUGAGCAAACUCCUUAAGUGUAAUCGUGUCACAGGAAAUAAGUAAUCAUGGUGCUCAACAGUUUGGAUAAGAUGAUUCAACUCCAGAAAAACACUGCCAACAUCAGGAAUAUUUGUGUUUUGGCUCAUGUUGACCAUGGAAAAACUACUCUGGCUGACUGUCUUAUAUCUAGCAAUGGAAUCAUCUCCAGCCGCCUAGCAGGCAAGUUAAGGUACAUGGACAGCAGAGAAGAUGAACAGAUCCGAGGGAUCACUAUGAAAUCCAGUGCCAUUUCCCUACAUUAUGCAGCAGGUAAUGAGGAGUACCUGAUUAAUCUGAUAGACUCUCCAGGACACGUGGACUUUUCCUCAGAAGUAUCAACCGCUGUUCGCAUUUGUGAUGGAUGCAUCAUCGUGGUAGAUGCUGUGGAAGGAGUCUGUCCACAGACACAGGCAGUUCUGCGACAAGCUUGGCUUGAAAACAUCCGUCCGGUUUUAGUGAUUAAUAAGAUUGAUCGCUUGAUAGUGGAACUGAAAUUCACCCCACAAGAGGCCUAUUCUCACCUCAAGAAUAUUUUAGAACAGAUUAAUGCGCUUACAGGAACUCUUUUUACUUCUAAAGUCCUAGAAGAAAGAGCAGAGAGGGAGACUGAAUCCCAAGUGAAUCCAAAUUCUGAACAAGGAGAGCAAGUAUAUGACUGGAGCACUGGCUUGGAGGACACAGAUGAUUCUCACCUUUACUUCUCUCCAGAACAGGGAAAUGUGGUGUUUACCAGUGCAAUAGAUGGGUGGGGCUUUGGAAUUGAGCACUUCGCCAGAAUCUACAGUCAAAAAAUUGGCAUCAAAAAGGAAGUUCUUGUGAAAACCUUGUGGGGAGAUUACUAUAUAAAUAUGAAGGCUAAAAAGAUCAUGAAGGGUGAUCAGGCCAAAGGAAAGAAACCUUUAUUUGUACAGUUGAUCCUGGAAAAUAUAUGGAGUUUGUAUGAUGCUGUUUUGAAAAAGGACAAAGACAAAAUUGAUAAAAUAGUGACUUCUUUAGGAUUAAAAAUUGGAGCCCGGGAGGCACGACAUUCAGACCCUAAAGUUCAGAUCAACGCCAUUUGCAGUCAGUGGCUACCCAUAUCCCAUGCUGUUCUUGCUAUGGUGUGUCAGAAACUUCCUAGUCCCCUUGAUAUUACAGCCGAGAGAGUGGAGAGACUGAUGUGCACAGGAUCACAAACUUUUGACUCUCUUCCACCAGAAACUCAAGCACUGAAAGCAGCUUUUAUGAAAUGUGGAAGUGAGGACACUGCUCCAGUUAUUAUAUUUGUUUCCAAAAUGUUUGCAGUUGAUGCUAAGGCCAUGCCUCAGAAUAAGCCAAGGCCUCUCACUCAAGAAGAAAUUGCUCAGAGACAUGAGCGUGCAAGACAAAGGCAUGCAGAGAAGCUUGCAGCAGCACAGGGACAGGCACCCUUGGAGCCCACCCAAGAUGGGAGUGCCAUUGAAACAUGUCCAAAAGGAGACGAGCCAAGAGGUGACGAGCAACAAGUGGAAAGUAUGACCCCUAAACCUGUGCUCCAGGAAGAAAACAACCAAGAGUCUUUUAUUGCAUUUGCUCGGGUGUUCAGUGGUGUGGCUCGAAGAGGAAAGAAAAUUUUUGUCUUGGGGCCCAAAUACAGUCCUCUUGAGUUUUUACGAAGGGUACCAUUAGGCUUCUCAGCUUCACCAGAUGGCCUCCCCCAAGUCCCCCACAUGGCAUACUGUGCUCUGGAAAACCUGUAUCUUCUGAUGGGAAGGGAACUGGAAUAUCUAGAGGAGGUACCUCCAGGAAAUGUGCUAGGAAUAGGAGGCCUUCAAGAUUUUGUGCUGAAAUCUGCAACACUGUGUAGCCUGCCAUCCUGCCCACCAUUUAUACCACUCAACUUCGAAGCCACUCCUAUUGUGAGAGUUGCUGUUGAACCGAAACAUCCAAGUGAAAUGCCUCAGCUCGUAAAAGGAAUGAAACUGUUAAACCAGGCUGAUCCCUGUGUCCAGAUUUUAAUUCAGGAAACGGGAGAGCACGUUUUAGUCACAGCAGGAGAAGUCCACCUUCAGCGAUGCCUGGAUGACUUAAAAGAAAGGUUUGCAAAGAUUCAUAUCAGUGUAUCUGAACCUAUUAUUCCAUUCAGAGAAACAAUCACAAAACCCCCAAAAGUUGACAUGGUCAAUGAAGAAAUAGGCAAACAGCAAAAAGUUGCAGUCAUACACCAAAUGAAAGAAGAUCAAAGCAAAAUCCCUGAAGGAAUCCAAGUUGACUCUGACGGGCUAAUCACCAUAACAACUCCCAAUAAACUUGCCACGCUCAGUGUUCGAGCCAUGCCCCUUCCAGAAGAAGUCACCCAGGUUCUGGAAGAAAAUAGUGAUUUGAUUCGUUCUAUGGAGCAGUUGACAUCCUCUUUGAAUGAGGGCGAAAAUACUCACAUGAUUCAUCAGAAGACCCAAGAGAAAAUUUGGGAAUUCAAAGGAAAACUGGAGCAACACCUAACAGGGAGAAGAUGGAGGAACAUUGUUGACCAAAUCUGGUCAUUUGGCCCAAGAAAAUGUGGGCCCAACAUACUAGUCAAUAAAAGUGAAGAUUUUCAGAACUCAGUAUGGACAGGUCCAGCUGACAAAGCUUCAAAAGAAGCCAGUAGAUACCGAGAUUUGGGCAAUAGCAUUGUGAGUGGCUUCCAACUAGCAACCCUCUCUGGCCCCAUGUGUGAGGAGCCUCUCAUGGGUGUCUGUUUUGUUCUGGAAAAAUGGGACCUAAGUAAAUUUGAGGAACAAGGAGCAAGUGAUCUGGCAAAAGAGGGACAGGAGGAAAAUGAAACCUGUUCUGGUGGAAAUGAAAACCAAGAGCUACAAGAUGGCUGCUCUGAGGCCUUUGAGAAGAGGACAUCACAGAAAGGAGAAUCUCCACUCACUGACUGCUAUGGACCUUUCUCAGGACAGCUAAUUGCUACCAUGAAAGAAGCAUGUCGCUAUGCACUGCAAGUGAAACCUCAGCGCCUGAUGGCAGCUAUGUACACAUGUGACAUCAUGGCCACUGGUGAUGUUCUCGGUCGAGUCUAUGCUGUCUUGUCAAAGAGAGAAGGUCGGGUACUUCAAGAAGAAAUGAAAGAAGGGACAGACAUGUUCAUCAUCAAGGCUGUGCUGCCUGUUGCUGAAAGCUUUGGUUUUGCUGAUGAAAUCAGGAAGAGGACAAGUGGCCUGGCCAGCCCGCAACUAGUAUUCAGCCAUUGGGAGAUCAUUCCCAGUGACCCCUUCUGGGUCCCAACUACUGAGGAGGAAUACUUGCACUUUGGGGAGAAGGCUGACUCUGAGAACCAAGCCCGGAAGUACAUGAACGCGGUACGAAAGCGCAAGGGGCUUUAUGUGGAAGAAAAGAUUGUGGAGCAUGCAGAAAAGCAGAGGACACUGAGCAAAAAUAAGUAGCUACCUACUACUGGUGGAUUCUUUUCCUUAUAGUGAAUUUAAAAGUAUCAUCAAGGGUUUAAUAUUGGGAAAAUUUCUUUUUGCCACAUUAUCUCUGUUUAUUCACUUUCAAUAAAGUUGAUCCAUAUAAAUAUUUUAAA